AGGGCAAGCGUCAAAGUGGGCCGAGGGGCGUUCUAUCCUCACCUGCCCUGGUCUCUAUCACCCUUUGUCCUCCGGCCUCUCCCGGGCACUGGGCCUGCGGGCCUGGUUGCUAGGCGGAAGCUGAGGGCGGCGGCAGCGGCCGCGGCGGCUGCCGGGGCGUUUGAAAAGCGGGUACACAGGCGGCAAAAGACCCCGCCUGCCAGCCGCAGACCGCAGCCAUGGUCUCCAAGUCCGACCCACUGCUCAUCGUUGUGUCCAUCGUAGAAGGUCGCCACUUCCCCAAGCGUCCAAAGCAUGUGCUUGUAGUAGAAGCAAAAUUUGAUGGAGAACAGUUGGCUACUGAUCCUGUGGACCAUACUGACCAGCCACAAUUUGCCACUGAGUUAGCCUGGGAAAUUGACAGAAAAGCACUCCAUCAGCACAGGCUACAACGUACUCCUAUCAAACUCCAGUGUUUUGCCUUGGAUCCUGUAACUGCAGCCAAGGAAACUAUAGGUUACAUUCUUCUAGACUUAAGAACUGCUCAAGAAACAAAGCAGGCACCAAAAUGGUACCAGUUGCUGAGUAAUAAGUAUACCAAGUUCAAGUCUGAGAUACAGAUAAGCAUUGCUUUGGAAACAGAUUCAAAGGCACCAGCGGACAGUUUUAAAGCAAAGGGAGCUCCUCCUCGAGAUGGAAAAGUCCCUGCCAGCCUAUCUGGACUUGACCCCAGGGACAUUGUGGCGGUGCUGAAUGAGGAAGGAGGCUACCAUCAGAUCGGACCGGCGGAGUGUUGCACUGACUUCUUCACUCUCUCAGUGACCAUCGCGUUUGCCACCCAGCUGGAGCAGUUAAUUCCGUGUACCAUGAAACUUCCAGAAAGACAGCCUGAGUUUUUCUUUUACUAUUCUUUGCUGGGAAAUGAUGUUACAAAUGAACCCUUCAAUGAUUUGAUCAACCCAAACUUUGAGCCAGAAAGAGCAUCUGUUCGAAUACGAAGCAGUGUAGAAAUUCUUCGUGUCUACCUGGCUCUUCAGUCUAAACUACAGAUCCAUCUCUGCUGUGGAGACCAGUCACUUGGAAGUACAGAAAUACCCUUGACAGGAUUACUGAAAAAGGGUAGUACAGAAAUCAACCAGCACCCAGUCACAGUUGAGGGUGCUUUUACCCUUGACCCUCCGAACCGAGCCAAACAAAAGCUUGCACCCAUUCCUGUGGAGCUGGCCCCAACUCUGGGAGUGUCUGUGGCUCUGCAGAGAGAAGGCAUAGAUGCACAGUCUUUAAUUGAGUUAAAAACCCAGAAUGAACAUGAGCCACAGCAUUCAAAGAAGAGAGUUUUAACCCCCAUAAAGGAGAAACUCACUGAGCCAAAGUCACCAAGUGUGUCCCCUGUUACACCUCACGACCAGUCACCUCCAACCAAAGAUGAUGCAACAGAAAGCGAAGUGGAAAGCUUACAGUAUGAUAAGGACCCCAAACCAAAUCCAAAGGCCAUCACUUCUUCUGUACCUGCCUCACUGGCCCAGCCGGCAACUACAUCCAAUGCUCCAGAAACAGCCUCAGGACAGAAGAUUGCUGUUCCAGCAACAUCACAUCAUUUCUGCUUCUCGAUAGACUUGAGGAGUGUCCACGACUUGGAAGUUGGGUUUCCAAUCAACUGUAUAUUAAGGUACUCGUAUCCAUUCUUUGGAAGUGCAGCUCCUAUUAUGACUAAUCCUCCUGUAGAAGUUCGGAAAAACAUGGAAGUUUUUCUUCCCCAAUCCUACUGUGCAUUUGAUUUUGCUACUAUGCCUCAUCAGCUGCAAGAUACCUUCUUAAGGAUUCCAUUGCUGAUUGAAUUAUGGCACAAGGAUAAAAUGAGUAAAGAUUUGCUUCUGGGAAUUGCCAGAAUCCAGCUUUCUAACAUCUUGUCUUCAGAAAAAACUCGUUUUUUAGGUUCUAAUGGUGAACAGUGUUGGCGUCAGACUCACAGUGAAAGUGUGCCUAUUAUCGCAGCACAAGGGUCAAAUAACAGGAUAAUAAGUCUUUCUUACACAAUGACUCUAGAAGAUUAUGGACUAGUGAAAACACGUGAGAUUUUUGUCUCGGAUUCAUCUCAGGGUUUAGCUGCCGUGCAGCAGAAGCCACCUUCUCUUCCUCCUGCACCUUGUCCUUCAGAAAUCCAGACAGAGCCUCGGGAAACCCUAGAAUACAAAGCAGCACUUGAGCUAGAAAUGUGGAAAGAGAUGCAAGAAGACAUUUUUGAAAAUCAGCUAAAGCAGAAAGAACUGGCUCAUAUGCAAGCUCUUGCAGAAGAAUGGAAGAAAAGGGACCGAGAGAGAGAAUCACUAGUGAAGAAAAAGGUGGCAGAAUAUACUAUUCUGGAAGGAAAACUUCAAAAAACCCUAAUUGAUUUAGAGAAGAGAGAGCAGCAGCUUGCCAUUACAGAAUCAGAGCUUCAAAGAGAAAGAAAGGAACUGAAAUCAGAACGUGAACGGAACCUGCAAGAACUUCAGAGCUCUAUCCGCAGGGCCAAGGAAGAUUGCGUUCACCAAGUAGAACUGGAAAGGUUAAAGAUCAAGCAGCUAGAAGAGGAUAAACACCGACUUCAGCAGCAGCUUAACGAUGCUGAAAAUAAGUAUAAGAUUUUGGAGAAAGAGUUCCAUCAGUUUAAGGAUCAGCAAAGCAACAAACCAGAAGUCCGUCUACAGUCUGAAAUAAACCUUCUCACCUUGGAAAAGGUUGAACUUGAAAGAAAGUUGGAAUCCGCAACUAAGUCUAAACUACAUUAUAAGCAACAAUGGGGACGAGCUUUGAAAGAACUUGCCAGACUUAAACAGCGGGAGCAAGAAAGUCAAAUGGCUCGCCUUAAAAAGCAGCAAGAAGAAUUGGAACAGAUGAGACUACGUUACCUGGCUUCUGAGGAAAAAGAUACAGUAAAAACUGAGCGACAAGAAUUGUUGGAUAUAAGAAACGAAUUGAACAGGUUAAGGCAACAAGAACAAAAACAGUACCAGGAUUCCAAAGAGAUUGCAAGUGGAAAAGUGGAUGGUCCACAUGGCAAUGCAUUGGAAGGAGGUUUGGAUGAUUAUUUGACUCGCCUAAUAGAAGAAAGGGAUACUUUGAUGAGGACGGGUGUGUAUAAUCACGAGGACCGAAUAAUAAGUGAACUUGACCGACAGAUCAGAGAGGUUUUGGCAAAAAACAGUACCAGUAAUUAAUAACAUUUGGAAAAUCUUUAUAGACUCCAGGUCCAAAUUUUAAUUUCAUUGUAAAACCCUCAAAUGAAGGUAAAAUGGAUGUUUUAAGAUGCAAUUUUCAAUUUUUAUAAGCAAAAUUUUAUAUGCUAUUGUAUAGUAUUUAUUUGAUUUUAUUUACUUUAUGCUACCUCCUAUUCUGGUUUCAUUUGUAAUUGCAUUUUAUAUACUCAUUUUAAAUGACUCUUCCAUGUUUUUCAUAAUUUAUAAUUUCAUGGCUAACUUUCAAAACAGCUUUUCACUAAAUUUGUUCUAGGAGAAAUAACUGCAGCAAUUUCCAGUUAUGUAACUUUUCAAGUUGAGCCAAAAGAGUAUGUUGUAUUUUGAACAUGUUGUGUCUUUGUUAUUUGAAUAUAGAUCUUAAUUAUUUAGACCAACUGUAAAUGUAACCCAUUUUAUUUACCUCAUUUUAAACAUCUUGUUUAAAGCAUUUACAAGUGGCAAGCUUGAGAACAGAAAGCAGGACCAGUGCAGAGAAGCCAUAUGAUAAUAUUGAGAGACAAAUCAGUCAUUUAUUUAAAUAGUUAAUGCAGAUUAAACUUGUUUCAAGAACUAUUUAAUUUUCAAAUUUUCAAUUUGCUCUUAACUAUUAAGAAUAUGAAGUAAUAGCUUAAUAAGGUCCUUGCCAGCCUCCUGCCCGAGAUCGCAUCGUUUUCUUUUGUUAAUUCUGUACUAGAACAUGGAGACAGACACUUACAGGCUUUAGCUGAGAAAAUAAACAUUUUUUUCUCCCCCUAAUUUUAAUCAAUCUUUUUUUAAAGUACAUGAGAUUAAAUCAUUGGGUUUAAGUGCCAUGUCUGUAUAAACUUAAGAAUUCCUUUACAUCAUAUUCUUCAUAGCCAAGAUUUAUUACAAAAUUUACAGAUUUGGUGAGUCUUUAAUAUCUAGUUUGAAAUUUGAUGCCCAAACAAUUAAUUUAAGUAUGUACUUUAGGAAAUUAUACAUAUAUAUGUUACUGAUAACUUCUAUAAAAGCAGAACAGGCUAUUUGGUAACACCAAAUUAAUUUUUUGUUGCUUUCCUAGGAGGUACAUAUCUUAUUUGGGAGAUUAAAAUCCCUAUAUGCAUUAUUUUUUUUCUUUAUUAACAAAGUAUUAAUCUAAAAACAACCCAGCAGUAAAUAACAGAAAUUACUGAAUGAGAGAAUAAUGAACGUGAAUCAUAGCAGGAAUCUGAAAUAUUAAUUAUGGCUAGGCAUUUUCUCUCAUUGAUUUUUGUGCCACAUCAAUGGAACCAAGUAUUCUUUUUGUUCCGGAAGGUCCCCGGUGAAACGUGGUGACCGUGCCUUCAGUCACAGUGUGUGCUGUGUGUGACUGAUCUCAGACACUAGAGGGGGCCUCAGAUUUAAACAUAGGAAAAGGGCUUUUCUAAAAUGGUUGUGUGGUUUAUUUUGCCUUCUGUAAAACUAUCUUUUGGCUACAUAUUUUAAGAAAUAAAAUCAUAACUGUAUGCA